AUGACUUUCACCCAACCAUAUACUCCAGCUUCUUCCUCUCGGGCCAUCUCCAUCCCACAGUCGCUGGACAUGGUGCCCGAAGAAGACUCAGAGAUGGAUGACUCGCAAUUCGAGACUCUACCUCUAGACAACUUGCAGAAGAAGACGAGACCUCGUCGAUCCUUCCCUGCACGCCCGCUCUCCCGAAAAGCGCGGAUCAUCCAAGCAUUGCGGCGGCUAUUCUGCGGCGUGGUGUUCUUUCUCGGCACAUUCAAACUCGCCUCCCUCACCUGGAACACCCUGGUAUACCUCUUCCCCGACGACCUCGACGCCCGCCUCGACGGCUGGCUCGUCCCCGGCGGCCGGCCCUCGAUCUUCUCGCACUGGACGACGCACGGGGUCGAGCCGGUGCACUGCCACUCGCACAACGACUACUGGCGCGAGGUGCCGCUCUACUCGGCGCUGCGCGCGGGCUGCAUCGGCGUGGAGGCCGACAUCUGGCCGUCGAACCACGACCUCCUGGUCGGCCACACGCCGUUCACGCUGCACGCCGACAUCACGCUGCGCCGCCUCUACCUCGACCCGCUGCUCGACCUGCUCCAGAAACACAACACGCGCAGCAGCCAGCUCCAGCCCGCCCACCGCGGGUCGCACCCGCCCGCGGGCGUGUUCGCCACCGACCCCGCGCAGACCCUCGUCCUGCUGAUCGACUUCAAGACCGCCGGCGAGGAGCUGUGGGAGCCCGUGCAGGCGCAGCUGCAGCCCCUGCGCGCCGGCGGAUUCUUGAGCUACUACAACGGCACGGCGGUCGUCGAGCGGCCCGUCACCGUCGUCGCCACCGGCGAUGUCCCCUUCCAUCGCCUCGUCGCCAACACGACCUACCGGGACGUCUUCUACGAUGCGCCGCUCGACCAGCUGGAGGGGACUCCGCCGCGGGCGUCGGGAGGCAGGGUGGAGGAUUCCCUGCCCGCUAGCUUGGACGGUGACGACGACUACACCCGCGCGAACAGCUACUACGCCUCCGUGGACUUCCGGCGCACGAUCGGGAGCCUCGCCGGCAAUCGGUUCUCGGAGGCGCAGUUGGCCCGCGUGCGCGCGCAGGUCGCCGCCGCGCACGCCCGCGGGCUGAAGGUGCGGUACUGGGGCACGCCCGGGUGGCCGCGGGGGUUAAGGAAUCAUGUUUGGCAUGUGUUGGUGAGGGAGGGGGUCGAUCUGAUCAAUGUGGAUGAUUUGUAUGAGUCGACGCGGCAGGAUUGGCGGAAGCAUCGGAGCUGGGGCCUGUAA